AUGAUUGGAAUAAAAAUAGAAGAAAUUCGAAAUUCAAGUGAGGUAGAUCAUUGUGAAUGUUGUAAUUUAUUAAGUGAAAAGAGUGUAGAAUUGGUUGUUAUCAAAAAUAAAGAUUUGUAUAUUUAUAAGUAUAAAAGUAAAAGAAAAAGAAAAAGCACGAAUAAAAAUAAAAAUAGAAAUAAAAAUAAAAAUAAAAGAUGCUAUUUAAUUUAUGAUACAAAACUAAAUGCGCCAGUUAUUAAACUUGUUGUUUUAAAAAACGUUUUUAAAAAUAAAAAUAAAUGUUUUAGUGGAAUUUUAUUAAUUUAUAAAAAUUUACAUUUUAUUAUAUAUAAAUAUGAAACAAGCUUAAAUACUCUUGUUCCUGUUUUAAAACAUAAUUUUGCCAAAGAUAUUAACUUUCAAUCACUUUUUUAUUCUUUGCCAAUUUCGAUAAAUUACACGCAUAUUUAUGAGGAGGCAAAAAUAGUAAAGAGUCGCAAAAACAAAAGCGAAGACAAAAAUGAAAAUCCUAAACGAACUCGGAAAAAACUUAUAUUCCUCGAUAAAAAUAACCAAUUUUAUAUUAAAAAAAAAAAAUAUAAUAACAAAAUAAGUAUCGGUAGUAAAAAUGUAUGUAACAAUAGUGGAAAGGAUGAAAAUAAAAGCCCAAACUUAUUAUCAUCUAAUGAAAAUAAUAACCACGAUAUAAAUAUUUAUGAUUCAGUUAUUUUUAAUGAAAAUAAAAAUGUAGACAAUAAUUUGUUGGAUAACGAAUUUGAUAAUAUACAACAUAUUUUAAAUAGUUAUUAUUUUAAAAAAAAAAUAAAAUCAAAAAAAAAAAAUAACAAUUUUUGCGAAUUCCAUAUCUCCUUUUCUUAUAAUUUAAAAACUGUUUAUACAAUUUUUUACACCACAAAAAAUAAAACCCUCCAAAAUAAAGCCACCAAAAAUAAUAGCACAUUACAAGAUCAAAAUGGUUUAGAUAUUGACACAACAUACUUUUCCAAUUAUCUACAUGUAGAAACCAUUGAUAUUCUUAAUUUAGGAGAGAUAUAUAAACAUUUUAUCUUUAUAAAAAAAAUAUUUUUCUAUGCUGAUCAUGUUAACGUCUUUAUUCAAACAUCCCCGAUAAACGUGGGCCACACCCGAGUAGAAGAGUUAAGCCUAAAACUGUUGGUAAUAAAAAUUGAAAAAAAAAAAUUUGACAUAAUACAAGUAAUAAAAAAUUUACCUAAUGAUAUAAUUGAUAUUCAAAGAGUUGGAAAAUUAAUUAUUUGUGUAUGCUACGAUUAUAUAUAUGUUUUAAAUUUAGAAAAUUAUAAAAAAGUUAUUUAUUUUUUUAAUACAUCAUGUUAUAUGAAUAACAUUUUCCAAUUAAUAAAAAAUAAUUGUUUGUUUUAUGACUAUACAUACUUUAAUAUAACAUUUAAAAUAUCAAAUAUUUAUGUAAAGAAAAAUAAAAUUUUUAUCAUAAAUAAAAAAUCAAUAAUUGAAGGAACAAUAUCAAAAGAUAUAAACAAUUUAACUAAUCUAAUUAAAUGGAAUCAAAUAUUUAAUUUUAAAUCAUAUAUAAAUUAUACUUGCUUUUUUGUUAUUAAUAAAAAAUUUUAUUUUGUUUGUUGCUACAAUGGAAUAUCGGGGUUAUCCAAUAUACAGCUAAUAAGGCUAUCUGAAAAUGAACCAAGUGAAGAUAGCGAAUUGUGUAAAGUAGAACAGAAUGACGAUAGCGAAUUGUGUAAAGUAGAACAGAAUGACGAUAGCGAAUUGUGUAAAGUAGAACAGAAUGAUGAUAGCAAAUUGUGUAAAGUAGAACAGAAUGAUGAUAGAAUAGACAACUCUCCCGAGCUACUAUCAAAAAGGGGAGAUGGGCGAAAAAAAAGAAAAAGAAAAAAUUCCGAUUUUAUUGUAGAAAAAAAACCAAAAUAUAUAACUGAAGAUAUUGAUAGUAAGAGUAAAAAAAUCAAAAAAUCAUGGUCAUAUAAAAAAAAUAAUAUAUUUUUAUUUUAUUUAAUUAAUUAUUUAAAUAAAAAUCAAAACAUAAAUGAAUACACAAAAGAAUUUAGCAAUAAUAAAUAUAAUUUUUUAUUUAAAAAAUAUAAAAAAAAAAUAAAAAUUUUAGAAAAUAAAUAUUCUAUAAUAAAUACUAAUGGAUUAAUUGAAUAUUCAUCUCCUUUAUUUAUUUUAAAAAAAAAAAAAAAAAAAAAAAAAAAAAUACAAAUAAUUGAUAAUAUACAAUCUAAAGGAAUAUUAAUAGAUAUAUUUAAAUUAAGUUAUGAUUCUUGCCCUAUUUAUAAAAGUACAUAUAUGUGUCUUUUUGGAUAUAAACAAAAUAGUAUGUUGCACAAAAUAUAUUUUCAAAUUCCAUCUAUAAUACAAACUAUUAUAUCUUUUAAAUAUUAUAAUAUAAAUAGUGUUUGCACAUCUAACAAUGAAAUAAGGCAUAAUAAAAUAGACAAAAAAGAUGGUCAUGAUAUUAAAUAUAUUCUUAUAAAUUUCGAUGAAAAUAUGAACUUAUCAUAUAAUACUGAUAAAAAAGGAAUAUUAUUAUGCUUAACUAAUUUAUCUAUUUUUAAAAAUCAAAACUCUAAUAAAUUCCACGAACAAUAUCAAGAAAACCAACUCAAAAGAAAUUUGCUUUUACGCGAGUGCUCGCAAAGACUGUCCCAAAUGGGUGGCGAAGAUGAAGAGGAUGAGAAUGGUGGCGAAGGCGGAGAUGGUGAAGAGGAUGAAGAGGAUGAGAAUGGUGGGGAAGGCGGAGAGAAUGAAAAGGUUGGUGAAGAUGAGAAUUGUGGGGAAGGCGGAGACGGGGGCGAAAAGAGACCCACUUCUAGCAUAGAUGUUGAUAGCUAUGAAAAUGUGAUCUAUGCUUUAAAAGGGGAGGAAAAGAGAAGGGAUAUCCCGAUCAAUGAUAUAAAAUCAAUACAAGAUUGUUUAAAUUUUUUUAAAAGUUUUCCAUUAAUACAUUUUAAUAUUAAAGAUGUAGAUAAAUAUGUCAAAAAAAUAUAUCUUAUUCACAUUUUAAGAGAAAAAGAAGAAGAUUGGAAUUCCAAUUCUAUAAUUCACGAAAUUGAUUGUAUAAAAUAUGUCUUAACAAAAAAGUUUUGGAAUUUUUGCUCAACUAGCAGUAAUAAUAAUAACAACAAAACGUGGAAUACGAAAAAAACAUCCUUAAAUUUGAAACAAAAAUCGAUAUCGAUAUUGAGGUAUAAUAAAAUACUAAUACAAAUUUGCCAAAAUGAAAUAAAUAUAUUUUAUUACAAUAAUACAUAUAUUUUAUUAAAACACAUUUUAGUAGAGAAUCAAAAAAUUAUAAUAUCAUCUAAAUUAAUAAAACAUUAUUUAAUCAUUUUAAAUAAUUGUAAUGAGUGCUUAAUAUAUAAUAUAAAUGAUGAUAUCCUUAACUUAAUGAUAAAUAUAAUUGAAGAAUUUGUUUCAAUAUUUAAUUCAUGUCUUUUACAUUGUUUAUUAUAUGAUUAUACUGAUGAAUCUGUUAAUAUUAUAGAUAUUGUUAAAUUUAUAGAUGUAGAAAAAAUAUUUUAUAAUUCUUCUGAAAUAUCUAAAUUAUUAAAUAUACAAUCAUCUUCCAUGUUUUUAAAAAUUAUAAAUAAAAAACAAAAAAAUUCAGAUCAUUUUAUUAUUUUGAACAAUCAAAUUAACAAUACUCGAUGUAUAUCUAUAAUCGAAAAAAAUAAUAAACAAUUUUUAUCUUUUUUAAAUAUUAUAAAUAACACAUUCAAUAUUUAUGAUUUAGAAACUAAACAAAUUAUAUUUGAAAGCAAUUUUCUCCUAAACGUCCCUAAAUAUGUGUAUAAAACCAGCCCACCGAGAAGUAAGGCAAAAAAAAAUAGAAUGAAAUCAGAAGCAGAUGCAGAGGCAGAGGCAGAGGCAGAAGCAGAAGCAGAGGCAGAGGCAGAAGCAGAGGCAGAAGCAGAGGCAGACAAACGAGCGCAAUUUUUGAGCUUAUACAAAAAAGAAGAAAUUAUAAACAUUUUAUUUUUUAAAUUAGAAAACUAUUACUUGUUAAUAAUAUUUAUGACAGGAAGACCUAUUAUAAUAUAUAAAUCUUUUUCAUGUUCUAAUUUUUUUAAAAAUUUAAAAUUAAAAAUAUUUAUUCAUAACUAUAUAAAACCAAUUCCUAGCAACAUCCAUUUUGUUAAUAACCCAAAUAAAGUAAGCCCCGAUAAAGUAAGCCCCGAUAAAGUAAGCCCCGAUAAAGUAAGCCCCGAUAAAGUAAGCCCCGAUAAAGUAAGCCCCGAUAAAAUAAGCCCCGAUAAAAUAGUUUCCACAUCUAGACAUUUUGAAUCAAAUAAUGAUGGGUAUUAUAUAUAUGUUUGUAAAAAUGAUCAUAAUAAAAAUUCGAAUUUUAAAAAUUGUAUUGUCGUUUAUCCAUAUAUAGAUCUUAAAAAAAUAAAAAUAAAUGAUCAAGAUCAGAAAAUAUAUUUUUAUCAAAAUAUUUUAAAUAAUUAUGAUACAGAUUUCCCAAUUUUAUUUUUUUCAAGUUAUAAAGGUAAGUUAUUUAUUCAUAGUUUUGAUACAACACAAAUGAUAAAUUCUACAUUUUGUGAUAGUCAUGUAAAAAAGCACAAAAGUGGUGGUGAUGGCAACUAUUCACAAACCAUUAAAGGUGUGAAGAAAAUAGGAAAAAAUUUAUUUUUAUCUUUUUCUGAUAACAAUUUGAGUAUAUUCAGCAUAGGUACAGAAAAAUAUAAUUCAAUAGAAAUUAUAGAUAAAAAUGGAAUCAAAAUAAAUAAUAUGGAUUCUGUUUUUCCAUUUUCAAAUAAGUUAUAUUUAAAUAAAAAAAAUGUCUAUAUUGACAAUACAAAUUCUCUAAUUUUUUUUAAAUCUUCAAAUUUAAUAAAUCUAAAAUUUAAUGAUAAUUUUAUUUCAAAGUUGUUUGUUUCAUAUCCGUAUAUAUCUAAGUUUGCUGUUUCUCAAAAUUAUUAUAUUUUAAAAAAAAAAAUAAAAAAUAAUAAUAAGAAGAAGAAGAAGAAUAGCGAUAGGAAUAGCGGUGCGAAUAACGGUGCGAAUAACGGUGCAAGUGACGAUGCAAGCGGCGAUACGACCAAACAGGCAGUUACGUUUGGAAAAGUGAUAUGCUUAAUAGUUCGAAUUAAAUAUGAUGAAUAUUAUAAUCUAAAAAAAAAUUUAAAAAAAAGAUUAAGUUAUCAAAAAGAUGAAUUAAAAAAUAAUAAUUUAUAUGAAAAUGAAGAUGCUGUAUGUAUCCCAAACCCUAUACUAAGCGAUUGUGUUAAUAAUCAAUAUACACAUUUAAUUAAACGUUUUAUAGAUGAUGAUAUUGAAACAACAAAUAAUUUAAAUGAUGAAAAUAAAAAAAGAAAAAAUGAAAUAUUAAUUCAAUCAAUAAAAACAAAAUCAAAAUAUUAUAAAUUAUUACUACUUCAUGAAAAUAGUCAAAAUAUUUAUGGUUAUUAUAUUUUUGAACAUAGCGAGCAAAUACAUUCUAUAUCAUUUGGGCAAUUCAAUAAUACAGAAUAUAUUUUUAUAAGUACUAGUUUAAAUAUUAAUGAGAGAAUAGAAACACAAGGAAAUAUAUAUAUUAUUGAAUUUAGUCAUAUUUUUAAAUUAUAUGAUACAAAUUUAUUUAUUGACAAUUUGUUUGUAAAUGAAAAAAAGCAUACUAAUUUAGAUUCUGCUGACGAAAAAAAGCAUACUAAUUUAGAUUUCGCUGACGAAAAAAAGCUUCAAAACAAAAUUGAUCAUGCAAAAAAUGCAAAGCUAGUAGUAUAUAUGAAAAAAACAUAUAACAGUUCUGUCACACAUAUAUUACCAUUUUAUUUUUAUUCAGAAACAAAUAAACAAAAAUAUAAAAAGAUUUCAAAUGAUGAAAUAGAAAAUAAAUUUGAAAUAAAAUGGAAUAAUGAUAAAAAUGAAAAUAAAUGGAAUGAUAAUAAUUAUAUAUAUUCAAGUUUAUUACAUUGUACUAAUUCAAAAAUAUAUAUCCAUGAAAUAAAAAAUAAUGAUUUUAUUAAAGGAGCCUUUUUAGAUAAUAAUUUUUAUAUUAGUGAUAUAAAAAUUUUUCGAAAUUUUAUUAUAAUUUCAGAUCUAUAUAAAGGUAUAUAUAUAAAUAUGUACAGUUAUGAAGAACAAUAUGAUAGUAGACGUAUAAUAUCUAUAUCAAAAACGUUUUAUAAUCAUAAUUUAAAUAUUUUAUCAUGUCAUUAUAUUGUUUAUAAUUCAAAUAUAUGUAUUAUUGCUAUGGAUGUAUACAAUAAUUUUUUUAUAUUUGGUCAUAAAAAUAAACAAGAUAUUGACAAUCUAUAUAUUUAUAAUUAUUUUAAUUUUAAUAGAAGAAUUCUUAAAUUUAUAAAUGAAUUGCAUCAAAAUAAACAUUCUAAUUCAGCAUUAUCUAUUUCGAAUGAUGGUUCUAUUCAUAUAUAUCAUCCAUUAAAUGAUAAAGCUUUUAUUUUUUUUAAACACAUUUUUAAAAUUGUAAAAAAAUUUAUAUUUCCAAACCUCGCUUUAAAUAUCAACUCGGAUUUAAAACCUGAUAUUUUUAUUCAAUCUAUUAUCUUAAAUCUUCACAAAAAAACUGACUCUUUAUUGGCAGGCAAUGUCCUUUUCCACGACCUGCUUAGGCAAAUACCCUUUUAUUCCUCCGAAGUUUUGUAUGAAUUAUUUUGCCAAAGGGCAAACUUGCUCAACAACAUUACAAUUGCGGACCUCAUAAAUGAGCUAUACUUGUUGGGAACAAACUGA